AUGAAGGGUAUUGCUGGAGUCAGGCGGCCUGUCUACCAGUCGCUCUGUCACGACCCCUGCGAUCUUCAAGAUGUAGACGAAGACACAAUUGGACACCACAACCUGGUGUACUGCGCUGCCUUCAAUUUGGCUAUUCAUUGCACAGAGUGUAGCCACCACUGGCAAGAGCAUAUGCACAUCCGUUACUCUCAGUCGGAAGAGGUGGUACAAGCCACAGAUCAGGACGUGCAGCAGAAAAUCGACGCGAGCCAAUCUGAUAUCCAUCUGAGAGAAAGCGGGAUUAAUUCUCUCGAGACUCAGAUCAAGGAGAUUGAGGCUGAGUUGGGGCAAGUCAGAGAGGCUGCGUGCCAAUUUGGCUUGUUCUUGAAGAACCACAGCAUUACCCCUUACAACGAUGCCAUGAUCGCUUAUCUCGAUGAGAUGAUCAAAGAGGAACGUCAAGUCGUGCAGCACGCUCACACUAGGAAGCUAGCAGUCCCCGAGAACGAGCAGCGUCUUGCCAACCUCGAAGAAAGCAAGCGGGCCUAUCAAGAACGAAUCAACAUCCUGGAGACUCACAUGAAGGCUGACAAUAAUGUUCGCCUACUAGAUGAACAGGGUGUAGAUGACCUGGUCAACAAGCUCUAUAACUUGAAGUAUUGGGGCAAGACCCUGCAAGGUAUGAGAGCUAUGCUGGACUGGUCCAAGACCAAUGGACACCGCGAGCACCAGCAUCGUCCGAAACCCAACGGGGUAUGGCAAGCCAUGGCCUCGUUCGCAUCGAAAUUGAUGCCUCGAUUUCGCAAACGCACCGCAGACGAGGCCAAUGGAAGUGCGGCGAAUCCACCUCCCCGCCAGAGCCGCCGACUCAACCCGAGCAUGAACUGA